GGUCUGAAGAGGGAGGGUCAACAUGGCGUCGGAGCAGGAAAUCUCAAAUGCGCCGAUGAAGAAGUCCAUGAGGGAAAAGGCAAUUGAGCGUAGAUCAGCUAACAAAGAGCAUAACAGUAAUUUUAAGGCAGGAUAUGUUCCAAUUGAAGAGGAGAGACUCCACAAGACAGGACUGCGGGGUCGCAAGGGCAUCUUCGCCAUUGGCAUAAUCAUCCUGCUUUUUCUGCUUGCUCUCAUUAACCUCAUUAUAACUCUGGUGAUAUGGACAGUGAUACGGAUAGGUCCUGGCGGCUGUGAAAGCAUGGAGUUUCAUGAGAGUGGACUGCUGCGCUUCAAACAGAAGGCUGAUAUGGGUAUAGUCCACCCUCUACACAAGAGCACAGUGGGCGGCAGGAAGGACCAGGACCUUGUCAUUACAGGCAACAAUAACCCAGUGGUAUUCCGGCAGGGCAACACAAAGCUGAGUGUAGAGGAAGAUAAGACGUCUAUUGUCAGCGAUUUGGGCAUUUCCUUCACUGACCCGCGCACUCAGAAUACUUUCUUUAGCACUGAUUUUGACACCCAUGAAUUCCACCUGCCCAAAGAGGUCAAGGUUCUCAACGUAAAGAAAGCUUCUACUGAGAGAAUAACCAGCAAUGCAUCAUCUGACCUCACUAUCAAAGGAGAUGGUAAGGCCAUUAUUCGUGGCAACGAGGGAGUUUACAUCAUGGGCAAAACUGUGGAGUUCAGCAUGGGCGGGGGUAUUGAACUGAAAGCGGAAAACAGCAUUAUUCUAAACGGCUCGGUGAUGAUCAGCCCUUCACGUAUACCAAACUCCUCUCUCGGGGGAGAUCUGUACUUCAAUGAUGGCCUGGAGAGGUAUAAACUCUGCAUGUGUGCAGACGGGACGCUUUUCAGAGUUCAGGUCAAAUACUCCAACAUGGGCUGCCAAACAUCUGACAAUCCGUGUGGGGCAGCGCACUAAUUAACAAAAAAGAGGAAUACCACUGGAAAACACAUACACGCGGAAAGAUGAAUAGGGUAAAUUGCUAAAAGAUACAUUCAAAUUUGUUGUCGUCAUUGUUGUUGUUGAUUUACAGGACAUUAUUUAUAAUAUCAGUGCAAACACAACACAAAACACACACUAUCCACCUUCACAGCCCCACCCAUCAGGACAGUUUCUUCUACACACCCACUCAGUUUUAUUAGAGGCCUAAGAACACACACACACACACACACACACACACACACACACACUCACUCACUCACAGUUACACAUAAAUACCUCUGUGAUAAUAAUCGCUCUCUUAUAACCAUAAAUCCCUUCCAGCACAAACAGUACCGUUUUCCUUUAUGGCCGACAGCUCCCUAUGCAUUAUCGUUGGCUCACCUCAGUGUUUUACGGCCUUUAAACUGCCUUUUUUUCAACCUUCACUGCAUGUGCUUUAUAUAUUUUUAUAUCAUAUCAUUGAGUCCAGUUUAAUAAUCGGAACAAUAUCAAUACUGUCUUUUACAAUCUCCUACUGUUGUUAAAAAGGGGCACAUAAAAAGAGAGAAUAGACUAGUUUUAAAUCUAAAUAGUUUUAGUCAAAGACAAGAUGUUUAGGUGACUUUUCUUUUCAGUAUAACAUUAAGGAAGAUUUAUUGUGAGCAUUUUCUGCACACUUAUUGUUUGAUUUUACAAAGUGUCAUCAAGAUGGGUAAUCAAUCUUUUUUCUCAAAGUGUUGGUUGCUAUUAGGCCCUGUCAUACAUACAGACUUUUGAAAAUUACCAGCAAUUUACCGGAAAGGGAUCAUGUGUGAACAGGUCCUUUUUGAAAAUACCGGUAAAUUCAUUCUGGCAAUUUUCUGGAAAGAGUUGUAACAUUACCGCUAAUGUACCGGAAUGCUGCUCUGUGUGAAUGCAGAAGAAAAAUUGCCGGAAAGAGCACAUUCAUGAUUAGAACACACUGACGUGAAACGUCGACUCCAGCCAAUCAGAACAUUCAGACGUAUUCACAUAAGCUCUCUUUCCGAAAAUAAAAGCCUUUGAAUAUUUACAGACACAUUUAGCUGCUAGAUGUUAGUCAGAAAAUGUUUCUUUGUUCCUUCUUAAUCCUAACUGUGUAAAAAUGAUUGAUAAAAUGCUGAUGAUAAACCACUGUUUGUUUACUUUCAAACUCUGCUUCAGUUGCUUGACGUGUGUGCACGUGAAGCAGCCGGUGAGUGCCAGCACACACACAUUAUGUAUCAUCAAUCAUCAACAAAAACUAGACCCCUUCUAUGUUUACAAAUACAAGCGCAUUUAGAGCUCAUUUCUGGUUAAUGAUGUCAGAAUUUAUUCGUAUUUUGGAAUGGAUGUGUGAACUGUUUUUACCCGGAACAUCCUUGCCUGUGUGAACAGUGUUUUUUUUACUUACCGGCAAAGUAAUUAAUUUUAAUUAAAUUUAGCGGUAUUGCUGUGUGAAAGGGGCUGUUGAUCUGCACUUUACAUUAUGUAUCCCAAUGACAACAGAUUCAGCUAAAUAAAUCUUUAAUGUUUUACUAAAGAAAAGUCUAUAUCACCUAUAUCUUGAAUGGCCUGAGGGUAAGUAAACAAACAGCAAACUUUGAUUUUUGUAUGAACUUUUCUAUAGUUUAAAACAGUGUUUCUCAAACAGGUUCCUGGAGGACCAGCAGCUCUGCACAUUUUUCAUGUUUUUUUAGCAAACACACCUGAUUUAGAUCAUCAGCUAAUUAGCAGAGGCUGAAAUACCUCUAAUGGGUGUCACAGAAAAAGGAGACAUCCAAAACAAGCAGUAUUGGUGGUCCUCCAGGAACAUGGUUGAGAAACACUGGUCUAAAAAAUAGUCCUACAUGGCAAAUAUGACUUUAAAAAAUGGUAUUUAAAGUGGCCAUGUUAUUAAACAGCUCAGAUGUCAUUAACAUUUUUCAGGGCUGGUUUUUAUAUCAAAGAUGUUUACUUGGCCUUGAUGUUAGCCUUUUGCUUUUGAUUUCUCUAAUUUUAUUGAAGCAGGAUCAGCGCAGAGAACAGGUUUGAAGUCAGAUCUCAUACGCUUUAAAAAAAAAAGUUGGGUUCCACACAGUCGAUUUGUGUUGGGACAACAUGAAGGAACAAAGUUAACUUACUAGUUUUUACAAAUUUAAGAGGACUGAACAUAACACAAUUAAGUUGUCCUUUCAAAAAAACUGAAGACUUGUGUUGUUUCAGCUGAAUUUAAUUAAGUAGUUUGAACAAAUAGCAAAUCUCAUUUUUUUAAGUGUGUAAGUUUGAACCUUAUUAAACCCUGAUCCUGAAACAGUUCCAUCACCUUUUUUAAGAUCUUUAUUAUAGACUAAUGAAAAAAUUACUUGUCUAAUGACAUGUUCAGAGGUGUGUACCGAUAAAAAAAAAAAGUCUGAUAUCUUUUGAUAAGAUAAAAACAGGAAACUUCUAUAAUGUUUUAAGUUAUUCGCGUGUGAUAUUUUGUGCAAUAUAAGCUUCUUGGCCUGGUUCAUCUGGGCACAUGUGUGAUAUUUAUUUUUGUUUCUGAAAACAGUAUUAUUGCAUUGUCUAAAAUGUUUUCUCUUAAAAGACUAAUUAUCAGAUGUGACGUUCAAUCUGUUGAUCUGAAACUGUUGAUGUCUCAUCAUCCAUGUAUUUAGAUCUUGGCAAUAUUGUCAGAACGAAAGUUACACAUUAUUGAAUGAAGUGGUAAAUCAGAGCAUUCAUAUUUGCAGUGCGUUUUUGUUUAAAAAAUCUAAAUGGAGGUUUUAACUGAAAUGUGUGUUGUGAUUGUUGGAACUUUUUUUAAAUGGAAAAUUUGUCAAUUUUAUGUAUGGUUCUAACAACAAUAUACAAUAAAAUGUAUGAAU